UGUUUAGGAGAAGCCAUUGCUUAUGCAGUUCAAGAAUCGAAAUCUUGGGGCUAUGGAGCGGAAACGACCAUCAUCUCCUCCUCCCAACUCGCUCCGAGCCGAUUUCAUUGACAUCCACGAGGUUUUGCAUGAAGAUGCAACAGAGCAAGAGCCAGAAAAGGAACAGGAGACAACAAGAACAGAUAAGAGAGUUACCUGUCACAGAGGAGGGUACCGACCCAUAAGAGCCAGACCACAACACCGCAGUUUCAGCAGACAGGUCUCGCUCGAGACAGGUUUCUCUGUACUCAGUAGAGAAUCCCGAAGAAGAGACGAGAAGAAGGCUUUACCAAGAAGUGGUCGGAGCUUUGCUGGCUUUGAAUCUGGUGCCAGAAUCAAUGGUGGAGGAGAUGCAAGGAAAGCGGAUUUCAGUAUCUUCAGGACUAAGUCGACGCUUAGCAAGCAGAACUCUCUUUUGCCUUCUGCAAGAAAGGAAAGAGACGUCGAGAAUUCUGUCAGAACUGAAGAUGGUGAACCCAAUGGCUUAGAUGAGUCUAUAAAUGCAAGUGUUCCGGCUGGAAGAUACUUUGCUGCUCUUCGAGGACCCGAAUUAGAUGAAGUCAAGGAGCAUGAAGAUAUUCUGCUUCCUAAAGAGGAGAAAUGGCCAUUUCUUCUAAGGUUCCCCAUCGGAUGCUUUGGUAUCAGCUUAGGUCUAAGCAGUCAAGCUGUCUUAUGGCUUGCCUUGGCCAAGAGCCCAGCGACAAGUUUCCUACACAUCACACCGUUAAUCAACUUAUCCAUAUGGCUCUUGUCACUCAUAGCCUUAGUUUCCAUCUCCUUCACUUACAUUCUCAAAUGCAUCUUCUACUUUGAAGCUGUCAAACGAGAGUAUUGCCACCCAGUCCGUGUCAACUUCUUCUUUGCUCCUUGGGUGGUUUGCAUGUUUCUAGCCAUCAGUGUACCUCCUCUCUUCUCCUCUCACCAAAAAGCUCUCCACCCUGUAAUCUGGUGCGCUUUCAUGGGUCCUUACUUCUUCCUCGAACUUAAGAUAUAUGGGCAAUGGCUUUCCGGUGGGAAAAGACGACUCUGCAAAGUUGCAAACCCUUCUUCUCAUCUUUCAGUAGUAGGGAACUUUGUUGGAGCUAUCUUGGCUUCAAAGGUUGGAUGGAAUGAGGCGGCUAAGUUCCUGUGGGCAGUCGGGUUUGCACAUUAUCUUGUUGUGUUUGUCACACUGUAUCAGAGGCUCCCCACAAGUGAGGCUCUUCCGAAGGAGCUUCACCCUGUUUACUCCAUGUUCAUAGCUGCCCCAUCAGCUGCAAGUAUAGCUUGGGAGACGAUCUACGGAAAGUUCGAUGGGUGUUCCAGGACUUGUUUCUUCAUUGCACUCUUCCUAUACAUUUCACUGGUAAUACGGAUCAAUUUCUUCACCGGGUUUAGGUUCUCAGUGGCAUGGUGGUCAUAUACUUUUCCUAUGACUACAGCAUCAGUAGCAACUAUAAAAUAUGCAGAGCAAGUACCUGGUCCUCUGAGCAAGGGUUUGGCACUCGUCCUCUCUUUCAUGUCCUCGACAAUGGUGGCCAUUCUGUUUAUCUCCACCCUCCUCCAUGCCUUUGUCUGGAGAGAUCUGUUUCCAAAUGACCUAGCAAUUGCCAUUACAAAGAGAAGACUUACCAGAGAGAAGAAAUCAUUCAAGAGAGUCUAUGACUUGAAGAGAUGGACAAAACAAGCUCUGACAAAGAGAACUUCUGCAGAUAAAGAAUUCGAAGGAGAGGAAGAAUCACAUCACUGAUGCAUAUUAAUGGGGAAAAAAAGGAGCAUUCAGAUCAGAAUUAUAGACAUAUGCAUACUAUUUAGGAAGGGAGACAUAUCUUUUUGUCAAUCAAGAAUAAUGUAAGAUAUUACAUGAAUAACCAGAGCAUUCAGACCAAUA